AUGGCUUUAUGGUUCGCCGUCAAUUACACGCUAGUGCGGCAAGUCCAGUCCGACGAGUCUGCAGUGAAACUCACUAAGAAGCGUCUGCAUAUCGGGGUUCUCCAACUGCAAACCCCUGGACGUCGCAAAGAUGGCUCCCCACUUCUUCAGAAUGUACUCACUGGGCGAAGUGAGCCGCAGGAAGCAGUUAAGAUGAAAACGGAAGGUAACGACAGUGAAUGGACUUUCCUGAUAGAUUUGUUGCUAUGUGUCGUCAAAAUCCGUCUGGCGGGUCAGAAAGGGAAUCUCAUGGGCCAGGGCUACUACGUCUCGAGUCUUAGGUAUUCCACUGGGGCAUGCGUCCCUUUAUCACAGUGGGACACUGGGUCGGAGGAGAUUCCGGCCCCUCCUGCUAGGCUGCCAUCAAACAUCUUGUCCGCCCUCUGCUACCAUACUGUUCGAGAUGGCGGCAAAACAAGGGUAUCUAGACUAGAAACCAUGGACCAUGUGGUGUGA